AGCCUGUCAAAGGGUCUGGGUCUGAAUGCCACGGGCAUGGCCAUCAUAGAGGUGGGUCUGCUGAGCUGCUUCAGUCUGGCACCGGACGGCAUCCAGACCAACACCUAUCUGAAGAACGUAGAGACGAAGCCAGAAUUAGUCAUCUUGUACCUGGACUCUGUGACGACAGAGGAGAUGUGUCUGCAGGUUCCUCUGGUCAUGUACUGUAAAGUCGCCCAAGGCCAGAAAGCAUCUGUCGUCAUCUAUGAUUAUUAUGAACCAAGACGGAAGACGGUGAAGAUGUACUACUCAGAGUGGAGGAGCAGCAUGUCCACCUGCUCCUUCUGUGGCGAAGACUGCAGUGAGUGCAGACAAAACGACUACUCCGUGUUCAGCACGUCGUCACACAGCAGCCAACAAUUCCUACCGACCACUUUACUAUUUGCUCUGCUUGUCCUGCUCAGAAUAAUGAUUUGA